GUCCUUCCUUGCGCGGAGCCGGUCAUGGCUCUCUAGACCCACCCGUCCGCCCGCGCCCCUGCAGCCGCCCUGCGCCGCUAGCGUAGCCGCUGCCCGCCGCCGCCAUGGAGUCCCCACGCGCCGCGCCCGCAGCCGCCGCCGGCCCCUCGCACCGCUCCAGCGUGGCCCGGCUGAGCCCCCGCGCGCCCGACCAUGUCUCUGCUCGCCGCGCUGACGCCGGACACCGAGAGGACUCUGCCCCCAGCUAGCGGCCUCCCCUGGCGGGCAGAGUUCCUCAAGUUCCCCGGCCGCUAUGAGCCCGGGGCGGGGGCCCCCGACGGGCGCUGCGCGGACACCGCGGCGCUGGCAGGGGAUGGCUUCUCAGACUGGAUGACGGAGAGGGUGGACUUCUCUCUCCUGAUGGAGUCAGGGGACCCAUCGCUGCCUUCAUCCCCACUGCCCGAUCUGGAGGCCAUGGCCUCCCUGCUAAAGAAGGAGCUGGAGCAGAUGGAGGAUUAUUUCCUGGAGGAGUCGCUGUCCCCCAGCUUAGGCCUGGCCCCAGACCAAGUGGCCCCCAGCACGCCACCCUCCCACCAGCCUUCCUUCCACUUCCCCUUUGGCGAUGCACCAGGGCCAGCAGACUCCUUCCCUCCCUUUGGCAACAGCUCCACCUCACUGCAGACCCUGGAUUCUGGCUGCCUAGAGCUCCUCACUCUCUAUGGGGCAGAGGUGCCAGGGGAGUGCCAAGGCCAGGGCCUGUUGGAGGAGCAGAUAAGCAACCCGUCUGCCCCCAAGCUGAGCAGGCUUGGGCCAUACAAGCAGCCAGUGGCCCCCUGUGCACCAGCCCCACCCCAGCCGCAGCAGAAGGGUGACCGCAAGCAGAAGAAACGGGACCAGAACAAGACAGCAGCUCUGCGCUACCGGCAGCGGAAAAGGGCAGAGUAUGAGGCACUGGAUGAUGAGUGCCAGAGCCUAGAGGCUAGGAACCGGGAGCUGAAGGAAAAGGCAGACUCCAUUGAGCGUGAGAUCCAGUAUGUCAAGGACUUGCUCAUUGAGGUCUACAAGGCUCGGAGCCAGAGACUCCGCACCACUUAAGGCAGGGUGUGUGGCUCUAGCCUUGGGGACAUGGACCCAUGGGGGUAGGUCUGCCUUAGGGAACCCAAAAGGGACCUGGUGGGAGUAAGUGGGGUUGUGUAGUAGGUAGCUAGCUAGCGAGCGACUGCCCUGCUUGUGUUACAUGCAUGUAGUACAGCCCUGGCGGGGAAGCAUGCUGCAGAACAAGGAAGUUUUCCUAGUACCACAUGGGCACUGAUUCUGCUAAUGUGCCUCUGCCAGGAUAGAGUGCAGGUGCUAGUGCUGGUGUGAAGAAAGUGGGAGAAGUGUCCUGGUGUGGAGAAAAAGGAUGUGGUUUAGAAAGAGAUGGUGGCAAGACAGGAAAGAAGGGGCAGGAGCAGUGAAGGAGACACAGGCAGAGCCUUUUUUUAUAGACCACAACCUGCUGCUGCUUUUUCUAGUGUAAAAGCCAAUAAACACUGUUCUGCACUUGC